UUUCUUUCGAGAAUGGGGCUGGAAGAUUCCGAAAGCCUAUCAAAUUUAUAUGUGGAAGAUCGCAGACUUUUGUUGUGCAGCAUGCCGGCCGAUUAUUCGUUUCAACAUUUGAAAAUUUUAAAAGUAAAAUGGUGAGAAAGUGCGCGUAUAAGGCGGUUGUUGAUUUUCACAUCAACGAAAAUACCACCUUAGAGUCUGGAAAACCUGCAGAUUACUCUUUUAAAAAAUUAUCGGAACCACAAGCCAUGGGCGUAGAAGCCGCAAGGUCGCUGAGAACAGGCAGCGUUCCAGAAAGGGGUACGGCCAAGAAGAAGCUCCUCACCAGGUCAAUAUGGCUGAAUAACAACAAACUCAAGAGCAUAAAAAACCUGGAGGUUAUCGUGGAGUCGAUACUGGAGGUACCUUCGCAACUCAGCUGGAUAGAUUUUUCAUUCAACUACAUCAAAGACAUAGACGACUGCAUCCUAAAGUACCCCAAUCUGAAGAUAAUCUAUUUCCACGGAAAUUGCAUCUCUAGACUGGCCGAGGUCAUGAAGCUGAGAAAACUCAAGCACUUGAGAACGGUGACGUUUCACGGAAAUCCGAUUUCGAACAUACCCCUAUACAGGGUGUCCAUCAUGCAUAUGCUACCACAGGUAUUGAACUUGGACUUCUUUCCUAUCAUCAAGAACGAAAAAUUGACGCCACCCCCCACUGAAACCCUCAAAAUUAUACGGGAAUACGAAGCGAAAGAGAAAGGAUCGUCCAAAUGAAAUAUUUCAACAUUUUUUUGUUGUUUCUCGAACUUUGCAAUAUAGAACAUCCACUUCAACAACUCUCUUUGUACCAUGA